GUUAACUUUGUCAUCUUCUUAAAAAUUCUCAGGAUGCUGAUUUCCAAGCUAAAAGCUCAACAAAUGAGCUUUCAUGACUACAAAUACAGAUUGGCAAGAUCUACACUUGUGCUGAUUCCACUGCUGGGGAUCCAUGAAUUUGUGUUCACCUUCAUCACUGAUGAACAGGUGGAAGGACUUUCAAGACACAUCAGACUUUUCAUCCAGCUGACAAUGAGCUCGUUUCAUGGUUUUUUGGUUGCAGUUCUGUAUUGCUUUGCCAAUGGAGAGGUGAAAGCAGAGCUGCAGAAGCAGUGGUCCCGUUUCCUGCUGGCAGAUCCCUUGGGCUGCAAACUUUGCUUUCUUGGGGAAAACAUCAAAUACCUCAGGAAAUGCUCCCAGAAACGAAAGAAACAGCAGCUCAGCAGCAAACACCACUUGUGCCUGGAGGUGAGCAAGCCCUGGGGCAUGCAGCUGCAGCAGGUGCUGGUGAGGCAGAGGACAGAGCUCAGCCCAGAGCCAGGCUGUGCCCGCCAGACCCGACCCCAGACCAGCAUGUCAGACAGCAGCGAGGGAGAUGUCACCACCGGAGAGACAACCGAGGAAGUCUUUGAGGAGAGUGAGAUUUAG